GCCCUGCAUAUUGACAAUCUUCGAGCGGAGACAUGCGGCUGGUUGUUUCUCCCCUUCUUUUCAUCGGCGUCAUGCUGUGCGUCGACAGCUCGUUUGCACAGGGCCAAGCAAAGCACCGCCUACAGCACAACGUGACCGAUGCCUUCAAGAUGUUCGAGAUUUUCCCAGUCUCCAUCGCAGUAUUCGACGCGGACAAGGACGGAGACCUCGAUUGCCUCACGACGGUGCGGUCGAAUUACGAUGAGGAAGGCCACACGGUCACCUACACGUGGCUUUUGGCAGGUCUCAAUGACCACGUGAAGAAAAAUGUCACCUUCAAUCUGAGAGAAGGACUCAGCCCGGACAAGCCCAUUUACACACCGGAAGAUGGUGACGGAAGUGACAAGGUUGCCAAUUUCAUCUACACUGACUACAAGACAUGUACUGUUUUGGAAAUCCCAUACAAGAACGAACAAGAGUGCAUCUUGUGGGUAACCCGGGAAGCCCUGAACAACGUGCCUCAAAAUUGUGUCGACCAUUUCGAGGACAACUGUGACGUCGACAAUCCGGUUUACGAUCAAGAGAGCUGCGCUGCUGUGACAGCCAACCUAUAGCAUGUCCUGUGAACUUUGCUUUAAGGUAUCAGCGAGUACCAAGGUCUGACUUGUUUCAAUGUGUUGUCGAAAAAAUAAACCUUUCUUUUCCAGUCCCA